AUGUUUUGGAAACAAACAAGUGUCAAUGAUUCAAUGCUUUGUGUUCAUGGACUUCAUCAACGACAGGUGCUAUGUCGCGCUUUGGUGAGGAGACAGCGUUUUGGGUGGUACAGGUGCCACAGCAAUCCGAGCAGCGUCUCUGAAUUGGAGGCGUCUCCUACCAACCAAGUGGAGCGACGGAAAGAUGACGUCAUACUUGAGCCCCCAGUGCCCUUGAAGGACGACAAGUCCAUUGAGGCAAUCAUCGCCCGAAGUCGCCAGAAAGAUCUCAUAGAGCGGGUUGGGCCGCAAGCAAUCCGGUACCUUCCGUCUGAAGAUCCAAACGCCUUGCUCUUACCCGACAACAGGUUGGAACCAGCAGAGCGGCGCUGGCAGAAAAUUUUUGUUGCUCUGCCUUGGCUCACGUUUGCUGUCAUGUUGGCGGCUCCUUUGCUGCUGGUCUAUGGCAAUCUACCAUUCUUGCAGCAACGUGCCGAGCAGCAGCGACAGGUUGCCAAGCGUCCAGCGGAGGUCAAGGUCGCAGGCUUUCAGGUUGUGAACUUUGGGCAGAUGCCUGAUGUACUGGAACGGCCUUUUCCAACGAUGCUGCUGCUAUUCCAUCCAGCGACGUAUGCGUCGAAGGUGUUUCUACCAGCAAUGCAAUAUUUUGACCGUCUCCUAAGACAGGGUCACUUGCCGGUGAGUGUGGCGGCGUUGGACCUCACAGCCUCACCUGUACCGCCGGAUUCCUUCAUGUGGCAGUACCCAGGAGCUGGAGCUCCGCACUUGCAGCUGAUCCUCCCAAGAUCCAUGGACGGGGAGGCUGGAGUGGUCGACUACGAUGGCUUGUGGAGUUCUCGCGCCUUGAGCGCAGCAGCUUGUGGCUUGGCAGGCCCAGCAGCAGAGCUGCCUCCAGAGGAGGUUGAAGCACUCGGAUUGAAGAUCCAACGCAUGCGAGACCUGCUUUUUGACUUGCUCUUUUUGGAGGAGCCACAGCCAGUGCAGGCCUCCCGAUGGCAGCGCUGGUUUGGACGCCAGGUGCUUCCAGCCAUCAAGGUGAAAGACAUGUGUGACAUGUGCAGGAUGCUGCCGCGACGGAGCGCCGGCGCCGGCAGACUCUCCACCUGCGAUAGCACCACGUGCUCACAUCAUUUGCCCGCCGCCAUGGGAGUAACUUUGGGCACCGCCGGCAGUGUGAGCGUCUAUGGCUGCGGCUGUCUCUCUGGGGCCUUGCUGGCCAUGUCUUCUUUGAAGCGGCGCCAUGAGGAGGAGCUGGUGGAGCAAAUGGCCUGCCGCGCGCUGACCACCAACGAUUUCGCUGUGGAAGAGGAAUGCCAGUGGUUGCACAGCCUUCUGGCGAUCCUUUGGCCACGAAUAGACAAGUUCCUGAAGGAGCUAGUCCAAGAGCAGAUCUUGCCGGAGAUCGACAAGCAGCUCCCCAAGAUGCUGCGCGGCAGCGUGAGCUUCCCCAAGGUGGACCUGGGGAAAGCGAUUCCGCACUUCCGCAACAUCGCUCUGAGGGAAAACAGCGAUCAGGGCAUUCUGUUGGAGGUAACCAUAGACUUGGCCUCUGACAUGGAUGUGCAGAUCAAGGCAAUGAAGGUGCCCAUUGGCGUGAAGCGCCUCAGCAUCUCUGGGCAGUUGAACGUGCUGUUCCACCCAGCGUCUCCCAAACCGCCCUUCUUCGCCGGGGUCACCGUUUUCUUCGUUGACGCUCCGGAGUUGGACAUGGACUUCACUGGCGCUGCAGAUUUCGUGGACCUGCCGGUGAUUCGCUCGGUGGUCAGGUCCACCAUCCUGGACGCAGUGCGGGGCAUCGCCGUGCUCCCUGCUCGCGUGGCCGUGGAUCUCAAUGAGGACGAUGACACGGACCAGGCGGAUCUCAGCUAUCCACCCCCCAGAGGGGUCCUGAGGGUAUUGGUGAAGAGUGGCUCGCAGCUGCGGGCCGCGGAUCUGAAUCUCAGUGGUGCUUCCUCCGAUCCCUACGUGGUGAUCGAGGUCGGGCAGCAGAGAUGGCAAUCUAGCGUGAUUGAAAAGAGUUUGAACCCUGUGUGGGAGCAUGGCAACGUGGUGGAUUUGUUGGUCUACGAGCCACAGCAGAAGGCUCGCAUCUCUGUCUUCGAUAAGGAUCGCUUCAGCCAGGACGACUUGCUGGGAACUGCCAAAAGCAUCCUCUUGGAGCCCUUUUUGCAAGCGAAGGAGCCGCUGGAUUUCGUCUUGCCAUUGCAGCAUCAAGGUAAAGCAGCUGGGACGCUGACCAUCAGCUGCCGAUGGUUCGAGCUAAGUUCGCAGGCGCCACGGAGCUUCCCCAGUCCAGUGGCGCGGGGACCCUCGCAGCUGCUGUUGGUGGUGAAGCUGAAUGGCAUUUGCGACCUGCCGCAGAGCUACAAGCCGCCGUUUCAGGUGAACAUCACCUGCCACGAUCACCACAUGCAUUCCAAGAAGAGCUCCCCUCCAGGUCAGAUCCGGCCCGUGGCUGAUGAAGUGGCGGACAUCGCGCGUCGCCUGCAGCGCGCUAAGCACAGCUUGCAAGACAUCUCGGAAAUCACCGGUUUGGAGCCUCAGGCUGUGAAGCUGGCGGUGGCACAGGACUGCUCUGAGAGCUUCGCCAAAGCACGGGAGCAGUCGCUGAAGGAAAUGAGCGCCACUCAUCCGGAAUUUAACCAGAUCCUCUACAAGUUGUUACCGUGGACUACGCCAGUGAGUCAAGCAAAGGUUGUUCUGACUCUGGUGGAUCGGUCGGAUAAGCCCAUCAGCAAACCCAUUGCGAAGCCGCUGUCCGCUGCGGUGGGGUCGCACAUUGAGGGCGGCUUUGCGCUGAACGGUGGUGGCACGUUGAACGCAAAGAUCAGCACUACUUGGCUGGCCCUUCCUAACUGAGCAGCGCGCGCCAAAA